GUGUUGCCCUCUCCUUAAUUCACUUAUCUAGCAACAUUUGGAGAGCCACACUAUGAGUGCUGCACAAUAUUCACGCUCUGUUACCGGCACCCGCAAUGUGGGAUCUGUCAGGAAAACUAUAAAAACUUUUCAGGGAGUAGGAAGUGCAGCUGGAGGAGGGGGAUAUGGUGGGGGAUUUGCUGGUGGACAAGGAGGAAUGAUGAAUGGGUUAGAUUUGGCAGAUGCAUGUUUUGAAGGUGGUUAUGCUGGGAGUGAAUUUGGUGGUGGUUAUGGUGGUGGAUUUGGUGGAGCAGCUGGUGGAGGUUAUGGUGGAGGGGCUGGUGGUUUCGGUGGUGGUGGUUUUGGUGGGGGAGCCGGUGGAGGAGCUGGUGGAGGUUUUGGUGGAGGCUUUAGUGGUGGUUUUGCUUCUGGUGGAGGGGGUUUUGAAGGUCUUUUGAGUACCAAUGAAAAGCAAACCAUGCAGAACCUAAAUGACCGCUUAGGUUCAUAUCUGAGUAAGGUUAAAGCUUUAGAAGACGAUAAUGCUGAACUUGAACGUAAAAUUCGAGAGUGGUAUGAAAAACUCCGUCCAGGCUCCUCUGAUUCAAAAACAGACUACAGCAAAUAUUACCAAAUUAUUGAAGACCUCAGAAAUAAGAUCCUCACUGCUACUAUUGAAAAUGCAAAGAUCAUCUUGCAGAUCGAUAAUGCCAGGCUGGCUGCUGAUGAUUUCAAACUAAAAUAUGAGAACGAGCGAACUCUUCGUCAGAGUGUGGAGGCUGACAUUAAUGGCCUGCGUAGAGUCCUGGAUGAACUGACUCUAGCCAAGUCUGAUCUGGAAUUGCAGAUAGAGAGUCUGACUGAGGAACUGGCUUAUCUUAAGAAGAACCAUAAGGAGGAGAUUGAUGCCAUGGCAGGCGGACCUGCAGGACAGCUAACAGUAGAGAUGAAUGCAGCUCCUGGAGUUGACUUGACCAAAUUGCUGAAUGACAUGAGGGAGCAAUAUGAAACCCUGGCAGAGAAAAACAGAAGGGAGGUUGAAGCUCGGUUUAAUGAACAGACCAAAGCGUUACAGAAGGAGAUAUCAGCUGGAGUAGCUCAGGUUCAGUCCAGCAGUUCCGAGAUGAGUGAUCUGAGGCGUUCACUUCAGAGCCUGGAGAUAGAGUUGCAAUCCCAGCUGGCAAUGAAAAAGUCCCUUGAGACUACCCUGGCGGAAACAGAAGGCAGAUACUGUGUACAGAUAAGUCAGAUACAAAACUUAAUUUCUGGAGUGGAAGAGCAACUGACCCAGCUUAGAUAUGAUAUGGAAUGUCAGAGUGAUGAGUACAAUCAGCUGCUGGAUAUCAAGACCCGUCUGGAGAAGGAGAUUCAGAAAUAUCGCGAGUUGCUAGAUGGGGAAGUAGGUGCGUCUUUAGCAGGUUUGUCAUCUGAUGUAAAGUCUUCAACUGGUUCAGUGGACUCCAAAGAUUCAACAAAAACAAGAAGAGUGAGAACCAUAACUACAGAAGUAGUGGAUGGUGUAGUUGUGUCUUCCAGUACCAAAGACAUUACAACCAAUGUUUAAAAAGAAGAAGAAAAACAUCUUUCACAACCUUUAAGAAUUUUCAUUUUUACAAAUAUUCUCUCACUGACUCUAUACAUUGUUUUGACAAAUUUUCCAUAGCUCUGUUUUCAAUAAACUUUUUUUAAGCAUGA